AUGGCUGAAGAACUCUCCAAGAACUUUGAGACGCUGCAAUUGCAUGCUGGUAAGAAGGUGGACGGGUUUGGAUUCGGCGGCUUGCUAAUGAGUGGUCAGUCCUUUACCUUCAAUGACUCCGCCCACGGCGCGAGGCUCUUUGGCCUCAAGGAGUUUGGCAACAUUUACAGCCGCAUCAUGAACCCGACCGUAGACGUCUUUGAGAAGCGUAUCGCCGCUCUAGAAGGAGGUGUAGCUGCUCUAGCCACUUCUUCAGGACAAGCAGCUCAGUUCAUUGCUAUUACGGCCCUGGCACAUGCGGGCGACAACAUCAUCUCGACGUCAAAUCUGUAUGGAGGCACGUACAACCAGUUCAAGGUCAUGCUGCCGCGGAUGGGCAUCCAGACGAAAUUUGUCAAUGGCGACAAGCCGGACGAUUUCAAGGCUGCGAUUGACGACAAGACCAAGGCGAUUUACCUCGAGAGCAUCGGCAACCCCAAGUACAACGUCCCGGACUUUGAAAAAAUUGUCGCCAUCGCCCACGCCGCCGGUGUCCCCGUCAUCGUCGAUAACACCUUCGGCGCCGGCGGUUACUUCGCACGUCCCAUCGACCACGGCGUCGACAUCGUCGUGCACAGCGCAACGAAAUGGAUCGGCGGCCACGGCACCACCAUCGGCGGCGUCAUUGUCGACAGCGGCAAGUUCGACUGGGGCAAGAACGCCGCGCGCUUCCCGCAGAUGAACGACCCGUCUGAAGGCUACCACGGCCUCAAGUUCUGGGACACGUUUGGCCCGAUUACGUACAUCAUCCGCGCGCGCGUGGAGAUUCUUCGCGAUCUAGGCGCCGCGCUGAAUCCGUUUGCUGCACAGCAACUCCUGCUGGGUAUCGAGACGCUGAGCCUGCGGUGCGAGCGGCACGCGUACAAUGCGCUGAAACUGGCCAAGUGGCUUGAAAGCAACGAGAAUGUUAGCUGGGUGUCGUACCCGGGUCUUGAGAGCCACCAGUCACACCAGUUGGCGAAGAAGUACCUGCCCCGAGGAUUCGGUGGCGUGCUGUCGUUUGGUGUGAAGGGAGGAGGAACGGCGGGAAGUCAGGUUGUGGAUAACUUCAAGCUGAUUUCGAAUCUGGCGAAUGUGGGUGAUUCGAAGACGCUGGCGAUUCAUCCGUGGACGACGACGCAUGAGCAGUUGAGUGAUAAGGAGAAGGAGAGUUCGGGUGUUACUGAGGAUCUCAUUCGCAUCUCCGUCGGCACGGAGCAUAUCGACGACAUCAUCGCGGAUUUCGAACAGUCGUUCAAGGCGUCUGCAACGAAGCCUGGCGAAAAGGGCGAGCCGGCUAAUGCAGAGAAAAAGGGCACUGGUGAGGCAUCUGCGUCCCUGUCUGGGUCCACGUAG